UGUGAUAAAACUUAAUUGGAAGAAGAGAAUUACUGGAUAACAUGUAUAAGAACAAUGCCAAAGAACAGGUGUCUCUGAAAUAAAGAUGGUGCGUGUCGAAAUUCAACCGCACGCUUCACUUCGUACAAUGGCAACAAGUUAUUCAAAGCUAAAGGAAUUAAUAACUCUGAGGGUCAGUAUGAGUGAUAUGCACAGCCACAUACUACAUGCGAUGAAAGGUUUAUACCAAAACGAUAUCAACUCUGCCAGACGAUAUGAGCAAAUAACUACCAUUGGACAACUUUUAAAGGUUUUGGAACUUAGAGAUGUAUUGUCUGAAGAAAAUAUUUUGCCAUUACAAGUCCUGGCUCAGAGACUUCCAGAUAAUAUGGAGGUAAUGAAUAGCAUCACCUGUUAUGAGCAAAAUCGUGGACCUAAACAAAACAUAAAUCAAUAUGGUAAGUUUUGCUUCAUUCUUAUUUUUGCUCUGCCAAAGCCGCCACUGAAAGAAAACGAAGAUAAUGCUUUCUCAGACGGUCUGUGUGAGAAGAAACGUAAAAGGAUAACAGAAACUAUUGUUGAAGAAAUAGGCCCGUAUUGGCGCAAUCUAGCCAGAUACCUAGGCAUCCAAGAGUGGAGAAUAGAUGAAAUACAAAUCAAUGGUAAAUCAAUAGAAGAUAAGGCAGCGGAAAUAAUGGAGAUGUAUAGGAAAAGAGCUGAUCGCAAGAAAUGGUUUUUUGAUCUCUUGGAUGCGUUAGAGAAAUCCCGUAGAAGGGAAUUGUGUAAAAAAAUUAGAGACAUUGCUACAAUGAACAUCUAG